AUGAACAACUUCGUGAUGGACUACCUGGUUACGGAGGGCUACUAUGAGGCUGCUGUUGCCUUCGGCCGGGAGACAGGCACGACGACCAGUGCCAACGUGUCUUCGGCAAUAGAGAGGACACAGAUACGAAAGGCCAUCCAGGAUGGGGACAUCCAGCUGGCCAUGGAGCUCCUGAAUGAUGCCCACCCCCAGAUCCUGGAGGAGCAGUCUGGCCUGCUCUUCCACCUCCAGCAGCAGCAGGUCAUAGAGCUGAUCCGGGCGGGGAGGACGGAGGCGGCCCUGGACUACGCGCAGGAGUACCUGGCACCACGCAGCGAGAACAACCCCAACCUGCUCCUCGAACUGGAGCGGACCAUGGCACUGCUCAUCUUCGAUGAUGUGAGCACCAGUCCGCUGGCAGACCUGAUGGACGUCGCACAGCGACAGAAGACGGCCGACGAGGUCAACCCCUGCAUCCUGCGCACCCAGCUGGAGGAGGCGGAGUCCCAGCUCCCAGUCCUGCUCAAGCUCAUGCUCUGGAUGCAGGACCGACUGAAGGGCAAGGUGGUCUUCCCCGUCAUCGAGGAUGUGCUGGUUGCUGAGCCCAUCCUGGCUCCCAGCAAUGAGGCUGCCACAUAG